CAUAAAUGAAACUAAUUAUAAGAAGAUGCCAUUGAAAAAACUGCAAUGCAUUUCCCUUUUUUUGAUCAGAAGAAAAUAGAUAUAUAUCAUAGCAAAUUUGACAAAUGAAAAAGUAGCUGGAUAGAUAUUCUUGAUGCUAAAGGAAACAGAAGGAAAAUGAAUAUCAACAAAUGUGCAUAUAUGGCAAGAAGAGUCUGAAACAAUAACGAGUAGGAAAGGUGGAUAUUUAUAGAGAUUGAAUAGUUU